AGUUGGCCGAAUGGGAGAGAAGGAUGGUUAUUCAGGGUCGAAGCCCGCAAACCCCACGACCACGAUCGCACACCGACAGACGACAUGCAAUCCCAGCCCAGAACCCAACGCAGCCCACGUCGAGGACAUCCUGGCCACGAUCCGGCUCAACCUCGCGCUCGUGGAGCACACCUGGGGCCGUGAGAGCAGGCAGCACCGCGAGGCGCGCGGGGUGAUGCUGGCGUACCUCGAGGAGAAUGUGCUGCGGCACCGGCACAUGCUGAACGGUCAAGCCGGGAACGGAGGCGGAGACGAGUCGAGAGACCCGGGAGGAGUGGAUGUGGACAUGGACUUGGGUAGACAGAGGGAAGUGGAGAGAGGGAUCGAAGAGGUGCUGGCACAGUUGAGACUGUCGUGAUUCUGAUCAACUCACCCUCGUGCCUGUCUUAGAUGAAUAGGGGUGGUUGAUGGUCUUCUUUCUGCGCCUCCUACAGCGCAAGGACGGGUUUGGUCGAACAAACAUCGCACGGACAAAGAAUAGUCGUUUCUGAUCCUGUGUAUUGUGGCAAUAUGGGCUUUUCUAGCCAGAUGUGACGCCCGGCGAUGCUGCUUCUUGCUCACAGCAUCCUUGCGCCAGCCUCAUUCCCUAAUAUU